CGGACCAGUAGCCAGCGAGAAACGCACGCGGCGCCGGGUCGCUAGAAUCUCGGCUAUUAUUCAAUAUAUGUAUGUACAUAUGUACGUACUCGCACGGAAUAAAGAAAAAUCACAAUCGAAAAGUCAAAAUUUGAAAGUAGGCGAGCCCUCACAUAUAGAGCAUCAGAAUAAAUAAUAUACGUACUAUAUGUAUCGAAAAUAAGACAGAAGAACACACACGGAAAAUCACUGAAAUUUGAUCAUUUAUAAGGAAUUAAGUGCGAAGUAGUGAACCGUAAACCGUGAACGUUUCGAGAAAGUUAAUCGUGCGUUGAGACAUUUUGUACGAGUUUUCCGCCAUGGAUUUCCUCGCGAACAUUAUCAAACGGCCCCUGAGCAUUGGCAUGACAGACGCCAGCAGCAGCAGUAGCGGCAGUAGUGGCGACCAUUCGUCGACGGACUCAUCGAGCUCCAAACCAAGGGAUGCCCCAUCCGCAUUGGCCAGCAUGGCUGCUCACACGGAUCUGAACCAGCUCUUGGACUCGGCAACAGAGGAUUUGCUUCAACUGGAAGAGGAUCACAGCAAUCUGUUGGGGCUGGGGAAUACCGAUCCGAAUCCCCUGCGCAGCGGCAGGGAGGGCAUUCAAAAGCUCCUGCUUGACAUCAAUGUGAAUCUGAGCCAAGUUAGUGCCCACGAAAUGGAACAUUUGCAGGCCAUGAGUGCGGAGAUGAGUCCGCUGGCAGUGAAGCAGGGUGUCAGGUCGAGCUUAGAGAAACAAAAGGCUCUGGCAACGGCAAUGAUCAAAUCGCCAUCGGAGGAGCUGGAGACACAGCCAGUGGCUCCCAGAUUUGGAAUGUUCGAUGAAGAGGAGAUACCAGAGCUGGCUCCACUCAGUGCCGAAAUGGAGGCCCAACUGAAAGCGGAUCAAUCGGAUGCGGAUGUCUUUGUGGAGUGCAUGUCCCUCAACAGCGAAAAGUUCUCCUGUGAUGCGUCCGAGCUGGAGGCCUAUUCGAGUGCCCUCAACGAUGUGCUGGAACAGCAGCUGGAGCAAACAAUCAGUGAUCCACUGGCUGGCAGUGUUGCACACAGCACCAGCUACGAGCCAAUGGAUGUGGACGAAAUCAAUGAGACCAUGGAAAUGCUAAAAGGUGUCUUGGGUCCAGAGGAUCAUCAACUGCUGCAGCAGCAAUUCCUCGUGGAUGCCUUGCCACCCGGAAUGGGUGGGCAACAACAGCCAGAGCAGCCGCCGCAGGAGAGCACAGAGGUGCCCCUGAAAGCGGAGCAACCACAGUCACUGAAGCCUGUCCAGGAAGUUCUACGGCUUGCAGAGAACGGGCCAGAGCAAUCUGUAGAGCAGUGCCAGCAGCAAGAAGUGCCCUUGCCAGCAGUUGAUCUUCCCCAGCAGAAGGGAUCGCCUCAGGAGCAAGCGAAGUUGGAAUUGCCAGCAGUUGAUCCUCCCCAAGAGCAAAAGGAAUUGCCCAAUGAAGAGGAAGUGGCAGUUGAUUCUCCUCAAGAGUGCACGGAAGUGACUCAGGAGAAAACAGAUCAGUCACAGGCAUGUGAGGAGAAGGAAGAGCUGGUCAAAACUCUUACGAUGGAUCAAAUGCUUCAGGAGGAGCCAAAAGAAUAUACAGAAAACUCACAGAUAUGCCAACGGCAGGAACAGCCGGUCAUAGCCCAUUCUCAGGAGGAACGAUUUGAAAAGCAGGAGCCAAAGGAAUGUUCUCUGCUGAUGAACAGCAGCCAUAUCUCCAUGGAACACGAGCACGAGCACAAUCUUCAACUGGAACCGCCUCAGGAGCCGGAAAUACAACAAGUUGUUCCAGCACCUGCAGGGGAACUCCUGAAGAAGCCAGGGGAGCCAGCAGCAGCUCCGCUCUCCCCACCCGUUCCCACUCUGCAGGCAAACAGAGUGUUUGCCACGUUUGCCGUUUCCCUGGAAAAAGCCGACGAGCAACAGCGUCGCACCUUCUCCGUGAUCAAGUCGACGGAGGAUCAGCACGAGGCGGCCACAUCGCGUCGCACUUUCUCCCUGGAGAAGGACAAGCCUCGACGCACUUUCUGUCUGGAAAAGGACAUAUCUCCGCCCAUACCCACACAUCGGGCCAAGACUCCCGAGGAACUGAUGCUCCUGGCACUCAAAGAGUUCCCCUCACCCGCCCAUGAAGACGACCUAGGAACAUAUGAUCAGGCAACUGUUCCAGAAGAAAAACCAUCCGAUCGGGGGACUGUGGUGGCCGUUACACCUACCCAGCUGCAACGAACCACCAAGCCCCUUUGUCUGGAGCUGGACACCAAUUCACCAAGUUUUCCCAUGAAAGGUCCGGCUGAGCAGCCCGCACACUUUCCUCGCUCGCCGCACGCUCCGGCCGAGCAGAAGGAGAUGUCCUACCUGGAGGAGGCCGUCAUUGAGCGCUCGUCGGAACGCAAGCUGAGCAUGUGCGCACCGGGAGUCAUUGCCAAGUCGCCGGUGACCAUACAAGUGACGCAUCCGAGUCCAGAGCAGCGCCAUCUGAAUGAGACGCUGCCCAUGGGUGAGGUUUCGGUUUCCCCGUCGCCGCUGGACGGAACCUUUGAUAGCGGAAAACGGAUCGAAGCGAGCACAACUCAAAAUGAGGGCACCCCGCUCCAAGGUUCGGCCACGUUUGCCGUUUCCCUGGAAAAAGCCGACGAGCAACAGCGUCGCACCUUCUCCAAGAUCAAGUCGACGGAGGAUCAGCAGGAGGCGGCCACAUCGCGUCGCACUUUCUCCCUGGAGAAGGACAAGCCUCGACGCACUUUCUGUCUGGAGACGAAUGCCUCGCCGGCCAUGGAGGCCACCGAGAAGAGCAUGGCCAGCGAGGACUUCGAGGCCAUGGACGUGGACGUCUCCAUGCAGGUUGAGGAGGUCACUGUGCUCAGGUCCCCGCGGAUGCCGGACCAAGUCCCUUACUCGCCACCAAUCCCCACCCAUCAAAACCUCACUCGUCCGCCCAUCCAUGUGGAGCCUGCUCCGGCGGCAUCUCCCCAAGGUAACACCGUCGCUGUUGUCGAGGAGCAGGCCCUGUCCGCCAAGGAGCAGGCCCACCUCAGUGCCAGCGACGAAAAGGACGAUGUGUUUGUGGAGCACUUUGGGGCCAUGUCGCCCGUGACUGAUGACAUGUUCAAGACGCCACAAUACACCAGUAGUGGGUUUAAUAAUCUGGCCAAGACAAAGUCCGGACUGGGAGAAGCAGCACCCCCCAUGUGUCUACGUGAAGAGGGGCAGGAGGAUGAGCAGUUCUCCGAAGAGGAGUUUCAUGAUACCGCAAGUAAUACAAACUGCAGCAGUAAUGCCCCAGUGGAUCGCAGCUCGUUGUUAUUGAAGUUUGAUCCGUUGCUCGGAGCUCCGGUGCCAGUGAACCAUCCACAGCAGCAGGAGCAGGACCUGCUCAAUAUCCUGGGCAACCAUAAUAAGAAUAGAGCCCUGAGUCCCACAUGGGAAGAGCACGAAUCGAGUGGCAGCAAUCAGUCAUUCGUCAUUGAAUCCAGUGCCAAAGAAGUAGUCCAGAAGUUUGGGUAUAAACCGCCAGUGGAUAGGACAAAAAAGCAUGCUAAAAUGAGUGUGGACGUUAUAGACAACGAUUGCAAUAAAACCUUCGAUAAUUCCAACAUUAAUUCGGAGGACAAAUCCCACACCUACAACAACAUGGAUGAGCUGGAGAAGAAGAUCAAAAAUGAAGUAACCCGCUCAGAGGACAUUGAGAAGAAGCUCAAAGAUGCAGAGCAGCGUGAAGAGGCGCUCAUUAAGCGCAUUACAGAAAAGGAUAAAACAAAUUCAAAGCUUACUGGCGUCAUCGAGGCCUACGAGAAAGCUAUAGCAGAGCUCAUCAGCGAGAAAGAGCAGCUGACACAGAACUACGAAAGGCAAUUGCAGGAUGUGCAAACUGAUCGCGAUGCAAAUUACCAUCACUUAACGUCGCUGGAAACGACAUUCUCCGAUCUGCAUGUGAAAUAUGAAAAGAGCAAAGAGAUGACCUCACAGCUGAAACACAGCGAGGAUACGCUGCUGACGGACAAGAAACAGUUGAUGGAGAAUCUGCGAUUGCAAGAGCAGCGCUACGAGAAGAUGAAAAGCCAUGCCAUGCAGCAGCUGGAAAUUGCCAAUAAAAAGCUGGACACCAACACAAGGGAGCAUGCGGAUGAGGUGAAAAAACUGAAAGCUUUACUCAAAAAGGAGGAAGUGUCGCGCGUCUCAACGGCCGAGCAGCUGCAGCAGAAGUCGCGCGAGAAUGCCGAUCUGCUGAAGAUCUGCGAGGAGCUCAUCUACGGCAAGGGCCAAGGUGGUAGUAGUUAAACUCUCUCCAACGGAUUUGCCUGGAAUGUAUUUUAUACGUUGCUGUAAACGCGCGCACACACACACACACACACACACACACACUUGGAUUCAUCUGGCAUGUAGAACGCAUACGCAUCUUGUGGCAUGUCUGUCUAUCAGUACGAAACUCGUGCCACGCCACGCCCCCCCAUCACCCAUAAUCCCCACAUUACAUGGUGUUCUAUUAAUUUUUUUCUGUUGUGUGCUCGUUACUUGAAUUUUCAAAUUCAUAUGGUUUAGUUAUAUAUAUAUGAAGUAAUUCAUGGUGUAUUCCCAAUGGCUAACGAUCCGAUAAACACAUUAUACUAUUUCUAGAUUUUUAGUUAACCCCGCAAACACUCACAACCCACACAGUCCACCCAGCCACCACCCCUUAUACCCAGCGGAACGCUUCGGGGCAGAUCAAUUGAGUUUUUCCCUUUGAGUUCCACAGACGCCUUACGGGUGCGCCGGCCCCCACUCCAACAUAUAUGUUACUAAUUCUCUAUCGAAUCUGCCUACUGAAUUCUGUUCUAUGAUAUUAUCGCGCGGAGUGAUCUGCUGUCGCGACCCCAGAACUGUUUUGUUUUGUCCUUUUGUGGUUCUGCAAAUGGCUAACGGAAGCAAAUCGAUUAAAUGUGCAAGAAAAAUCAAUCAGAUCAGAAUAAAACAAGAAACAUGUAAAAGAACAGCGUACGCUCGAGGCGCGCCUUUACUAAAUGUUUAAGUUUAAAUUUAGUUUAAUUUAAAUGAAAAUUUAUAAUAGUUGCAUUAAGCAUAACUCUGUAUUACUUACAAGUACUAAAAGAAGAAGCGUAAAAAACAGAAAGGAAUCAUACAAAAAAUACACGCAACAAAUUAUUUAUGCAUAAAAAGCCAUACAGAUGUAUUUAUUUUGUUUUUUUAAUUGUAGCUUGAAUCCUCAUUUGCUUUGCUCUCGAAGAGGUUGCCUUAAAUAAGAAAAAACUUAGUUGAAACGAAUCGAACGAGACCCGAUCCCCUCCUCACACACAAGCACAUACUCGAAAAUGUUGAGCAAAUUUAUUGUAGCUGCUUUUGUAGAGACACACGCCCGAAAAGAAAACACUCUUGAUGAAUUUUACUUCCAUUUAUGACAUUAACUAAACUCUAAGAUCACACGGAAAUUGUUGAGAAAAACGUUUUAUAAGGCAGCGGAAACGCAAACUAAACCCAAAUGCAAGUAGUUUGGAGACACAAGAAACCAAAAAGAAUUGUAUACAAAAAUUUGUACCCAGUCCAUGUAAUCAGAAAAAAAUGCUACUUCAUAAUAUAUAACGGCAUACAUAUAUAUUUUUCUAAAGUAGUGAAACACAAACACCAUAACACAACACAUGCGCUUUUAAGAGGAGUACAUAUUGCGAAAGGAGAGCAGAGGACAGUACAGUACAGUACGGUUUGUUGUUUGAUAUUUGAGAAUGAAUCGGUAAUAUAUGUAUAUCAAUGCGCUGUAAAAAAUACACACAUAAAUAGUAUUAAAACAUGCCUCCACAUACGGCAGACGAUGUGUUGCUAAGCAUGUGUAUGUAAAAGUGAUCCAAGUUGCAUAAUUAAAUAAAUACAAUAUGUAAUUGCAA